GUGAGUAACAAUUGUACCCUCAACGCUAUCAAAUCUUGGAUGAGGGGUGCGCACUCCCACUAUGGAGGCAACUGGACGAUAAAAAACGGCCAAUUCCAAAGGACGUUAGAAUGCCACGGUUUCUUAGACGGUGCUCCGUUGAAUGGAACCACCAUGGAUGCCCUCACGGUGGGUUAUUGGCAUGGAUCAAUGCAUUUGUGAGUUCGUAACCAACUCUCUCAUCAGGUUUUCAGGGGUACCAUUAUUGUCCUACCCAUUCUCCAAGUAGCAAAGCAAGACAGCAGCAGUGGGUACUACAGUUUAUUUAGUAGAGGUGCCCAUCUACAUCUAGCAAGCAAGCAAGCGUUUGAAACUUCCACUGGAAGCAUCAUUUAUCAAUACUUCUGCAUGAAGAAAAAGUGAGCAUCCAAAAUGGGGAGACCAAACGGAACGAACAAACGCAGGAGCAGUCUAGCGGGACGGUAUCUGGCUGCCAUUGGGGCGGGUGCUGGUGGGUGUGUUGGUGAGGAAGACCCUGUAUUGUCGCCUUUGGCAGAAGGUCCCUUGGCAGCUUGUGGGUCUCAAGAAUUCUUUAAUACAACGGCGUUGGAUAUUGCACACGAUGCCUUGAUGGAUGCUUCUUCCAACUUGAUUGACACUACUGCCUCCUUUCCUUUUGGUGCCACGGCUCCUAAAACUCCCACCAAACAACAACCAAAACAAACAACACAGCAACAGCUGCACAUGCAUCCGUCUCCAUCUGGAGCCACUGCCACCACUGUUGAUGCCUUUUCCUGGGCUACUUCUUCGUCACCCAACAGCCGAAAGGGUAGAGGGACCACAACACCUUCCAGAUCACCACAACAGCAGUGGCAACCAGUAUCAUCAUCAAGACCUGUCACUACUUCUGGGUCCAUCUUUUCAUCCAUGUUCCCAUCCACCACCAAAACUGCCCUCAGAGGCUCCAGAGAUUCUAUAGCUGCUGUCAAGCGAUCACCACCACCACCUCCUCCACCACCUUUAGCAGACACUGGUACAACCACAGCUACGUAUACCAUGAAUAGACCACAGCACUUGCAACCACAACAUAGUACCAGUACCCACCACGAUAUCACUCCUAGAAUGUCCCCGGUAUCCACAACAUCCUCUUCUCAACAACAACAACAACAACAGCAACAGCAACAACAACAAAACUAUCAACACCAUGCCUAUUCUACGGCGGGAGCUUCCGCCGUACUUUCCGAUUUGUUGGCAUCCGAAGGCUCACCCACUGAAAUCAUGACCAAUCGAACUGCCGAUCGAAGAUUCAGCAUGGACGAGGGGAACAAGGUGCUGCAUCGAACAAACUAUAGUGGUAGUACCAAAAGAAAAGCAUCACCCCGUCAUCAACAGCAGUCGUUUAUUACAACACAACCAUCAUACAACCAACAAGCCGAUCUGGCAGAAGAAAAGAAACAGGAUUCCGAUCUAGAGUCGUUGCCCAACAAUACCAGCAAUACAAACGCGUCUCAAUGGACGGCACAAGCGCCACCUGGAACGACAGACGAGGAUCUAUUGCUCUUUGGACCGAUUCCACUCGAACGUACCCAAACAAGGCGCACGUCCAAUCGAGGCAGAUUUGCACAACCCAAUGCCUACGAGGAGCCCUUUACACAGUCUCCCUAUGGACAGCAUUUACUGAAACAACACAACAACCACAAGUCGCCGCCGCAACACUCUCCCGGAACACACAAAACAUCCCCACGGCUGACGAGACUAUUGGCGGGAACCAAAAGUGGCCAAGAAGGGUAUGUGCGAAGAAAGGCAAGAAACGAGACACCGGUAGAUAUGAAGAGUCUUCUCAGUGCCAACAGCAGCACCAAUGAUGAAAGUUCCUCCAACAAUAACAAUGUUUCCCCCACAGCCAUGCUCUUGUUGGCAAAACCUAAUGACAACAACCACGAUACCAACGACCACAAGCCAAACAAGUGGUGGAGUGUCGACCGAGUGCGGCUCAUUCCCAGAAAGAAUCAUUUGAAGGAUCAGGUACAACAAAAACAGCAACAGCAACAACAACGACAACCACCAUCACAAGCGUCCAAAGCAGUCGUGGCAUAUCCCGAUUCCCCUCCACCCUACUUUUUUUCCAACCCCGAACGGCAGAAACAGGCUGCGGAAAACACGACAAACAAAGCAUCGCCCAAGGAGCAUCCUAGAUCGGAUGCAGGUGUCAUUGGAUACGUCGAUAGCGAAGACGAAGACUUUGGACCACAGCCAGUGUCCAUUCCCAAGCUGGAUCCUAGCCCCCAGGAUGCUCAGAAGAAACUGAAACCGAAACCAACUCGAGGAAAAGUGCCCAACGUUCCACUUCAUCCCAACAAGGUGCAACCUACUCCCAAGGUGCAACCUACUUCCAAGGUGCAACCUACUCCCAAGGUACAACUGAAACCUCGAAAACGCAAUACCAAUUUCUUUGACGACGACCGCGGGUCCAUUGUUUCGGAAUCGAGUGCCUGGACACCCGUUGCCAUGUCGGAAGAUGGUCUCGACUUUUCGGGAGAAAACACUGCCGCACCGCUUUUGCCACUGUUCUCACAAGACCGGUUUGAUCAAUUUGUCUGUGGCAACAAUAAUAAUGCCGUCUCAAGACAAGAAGGAACAAAACUAGAGACCAAACUGGCUAGUAGCGGCAAAGCUUACGGGCAGCAGGUGCAAGGGAGACAACCACAAGAUCCCACACCACAACAAGAACAACAAAAGGCGCAGAACAGACAACCAUUUUCAAAGAAACCGGUAGUGACUCCUGAUCAACCGAGAACUAUGCAAACGUCUCGGCCAGCAUCAUCAUCCGACGCGAAACCACCGCCUGGUGUGCCCGAGAUGCAAGCAUCUCGUCCCACUCCAUCACCAGAGAUUUGGAGACGAGGUAAUGACGACGAUAAGGCUGAACUACUUUCGCUCGAUCCAAUCUUUUGUACGCAACCGUCGGCUUCACAGCCGCCACCUAGUUGGACUGUGGACUCUGCUCAGCCAGACGACACCGAAUCACCAGCCAAAGACCAACACGUCCGAGAUGAAACCCGUGAAGCAGCCCCAGUCGCACAACUUUCCGAUAAACAAAAGAACAGCGAGCUUCCACGUAAAACUUGGUCAAAGUCAUAUUGGCAAAAACAGGAAGGGAAUGGGAGUGAUUUGCAGCAAUCGAAGGUAGUGCCAAAUCGGGCACAGGGAAUUCCACGACGCGCAAUAAGCGGCCCUGUCAAGGCUAUGCACGGGGUUCUUGCUUCAUCAAAGCAGGUAGAUCUCGAUUCAGACAACAAGUCAAUCACUUCCACGGGUUCUCGGCCACGACGGGCAAAAAGCGAGCAGCUGAAGAAGGGGCGAAAAGAUGCUAGCCCAUUGAGGGGAUCUUUCAAAGCUGCGUUUGCUGCUUUCGAGAAGUCAAAUGGUGCCCAAACGCUUUUCACGGGCAUCAGUGGUGACGAUUUGGAAAUGCAAUCGCCUUUUGCCACAUCGCGUCUAGUUAUGGUAUUGCAAACACAUCUCUCAAUGGAAGAAAGCACUAUUGACAAUCAGCAUGCCGACGAAGCGACAUUCGACGUCCAAAGUAUCAGAUCCAAUUUUGAAGGCGUUGCUCCCAUACCAGACGACUCGGACGACAAUGCGAGUGUCAAGAGUUUACGGGAAGUGUUUGAGAGUGCUGUAGCGGAUCCUCCGGAGACAGCCAUCAGUAAAAUGCGCGCAGUUUUCGAGACGCAAAAGGCCCCUCCUGCAAAGAACUUCGAAACCGAAAAUACGGAACUACGAGAUGCAUGGAACAAAUUCGACACACCAGGCCCACGUCAGAGGCGUCGAUUUCCCAAGGACAAAGAUGCCAGGCCUCCUCUUCCGGGUCGUUCAGCAGCAACGCCGUCUCCGUCGGUGUUGGAGCGUGCACGAAUGUUUGGGACGAUGGGCGAGAUCAACAAGCAAGACAAGCAUUCGCCUCCGCACAAUGUCUCCAUCACCAGGAACGCACUGGUUUCGUUGCCAAGUCUCAUAUCUUCCUCAGACUCGGGUGCGAAAUCGAGUAUAGACACCGUUGGUCGAGGUGCACAGGACUUGAUUGAGAAGGAAAUAACGUUGAAAACGAAGGUAUCAUCCCCUGAACACAACGGAACUGAAAAAGUAAAUUUACACACUGCUGCAACUGGCCUACCUGAAAGGAGGGCCACAGCUCAGACUCCUAUAGAUGGUGAUCCCUCGCUGAAGACCUCAGGGACCUCGACGGAGAUGUCAAUUCCAUCAGACCAACAAGUGACGACAUCGGCAAACGAAGAUGGAAGGCCUCCAGAGCAGAUGCGUGAAGGAGGCCAACAAGAAGCAGCGAACAGCAAAGCUUCGUCCGGCGAGAUUGUUUCCCCUCCGCGCUUGGGCAUCCAAUCAAACCCUAUUCAAAGAAACCGAUUUACUGGGAAUAGCUAUCUGCCGAGGGACUUCCUGCCAACUGCGAAACUCAACUUCGACAGUCGUCUGGGCAUUGAUAGAGAUGAUAUUUCUAUCAGCGAGGGCGAAUUUUCCGAUGGCGUUACGCUUGAUUUGUCGAUUGCCGAAGUCUCUCAACUGACCGAGCCCACUGCUAUCCAUAGUAAAGCUUGUGACGAAUCCACACUUGGAGAUGUCUCCGACGGCGAGAAGACGGCAGAGGUAGACUUGAUGGAUUGCGAAGCAAAGCGGUCGGAGGCUUCCUCGAGUCAGCAGACUGAGGCUGCGGCUCCAUUGAUCGCUCGGGCUUUGAAGCGAUUGUCUGAUGACUUGAGUAUAGAGUCACGCAAUCAGAUCGUGAAGCUCUGGGAGAAGUCUGGCCUUUUGGCCAAUCAAGUUUCUGAACCAAGUCCAAGAGAAGACGAACCCAAAAGUACCGACGUUGGGGGCUCAAACGGCUGGGACUUGAGCCAAGUUGAGUCCUCUUUUCCUUCAAACGGGGGCUUCCCUGGUUCGGAUGAGUUCUUUGGCUUUGAUGACGAAUCGGCACAAGGUUGGCAAGCCUUCGACAAGGGCAGCAUGUGGCCUGAGGACCCCUUUUCGACACCCAACGCCAAAGCAGAGGACUUCAAGAUAUCUUCAACUGAUCCAUCCCGGGAUCCGGAUGGCUUCCACUUUGAUUUUCAACUCAAUGCAUCAGUGCAUAUCGCUGAACCUGAACCUGAACCUGAAAAGGAAACUUCCCAAACACACGUUGACGCGAAGGGGGCUUCCACCACAGGGAUUGGGAAGCCAAGCUCAAAAUCGCCCAACACACUCACAACAGAGACAAACCCAGUUGAUACAGACACCAGCAUGACUGAGUCAAAAUCCUCCAGCAGAUCCCCUAGUCAGGACCUCUCCAGACACCAAAAGGAAGUCAGUGAAACAAAAUCAAAUAAAUCAAAUCAGGCGACGGGCUCCCCAAGGAUGUACGACGUGAGUUCUCGAGUCUAUACACAAGCAAAGCAGCAUGCGAAGUCAAUGCUGGCUGCAAGAUCAUCGCCACCAACAACGAAAGAAAGCGGAAGUCCUUUCGAACCUUCUGUUGUAAAGCCAACUCCAUCUCCAACGCUUGAUCCCGGUCCACAUUUAGGCGCCGAGCCAACAGCUCCUGCAUCAUUAUCCUCUUCCAAUGGAUGGCGCCCAGUAACACCAGUUUCCUUCUCGCACCCAGUGACUCCACUGUCUCGAUCUCCAGUUUCCCUCGACACGUCUACGCAACGCGCCGUUACACCUACCAUCAACAAUCUGCGUGGAGGCGGAGAUUCCGGCAGCGUGACGCCCAAGGUAUCGCAUAGACGGAGAGUUCUGCAACCGCACCUCCCCAAAACCAACUCUCUCUUUCUAGAUCCCUUUCCGGACUACCCGAUGGAGGAAAGCAGCCCUCUGAUGCCGUCGCCGAGGCGGAGCGAAUUCAUGAACGUUGACUCCCUACGGUCUCAGGAGCUGCCGCCGGCUUUCUUUGAACCUCAGCACUCGUUGUUUGCUGACGAGGCAACCACGUCCAAUCUGGGACCAAGUAACUCUUUCUUUUCGUCGCCUCCUCACGGUGAAGUCUCUGACCACUCGAACAGAUUUAUCGGGAAUGCCAACCUGUCACAAUCUUCCCCAAGUCACCAGACAACUGGUGUGUUUUCUCGGACACAUCCCUCGUCCAGUCGCCAUUCUCAAGCGCUUCCCAAUCGGGAGCAAAAUGCAUUCGAUCGAACGCAGCCGACGUUCAAUGUUUCCACAUCGCAAGCAUCUCCGAUUCGCCACGCAUCUCCGAUUCGCCACGCAUCGGAUGCAUUCUCUCGAACACAGCCAACCUUCAAGCCCUACACAUCGCAACCUUCGCACCAAUCCAGUGGAGUGUUUUCUCGAACCCACACCGCGUCCAAUCUAAACCCGCUGCAAGCUUCGCCCAGUCACCACUCGACUGGAGUGUUUUUUCGAACCCAUCCCACGUCGAAGCUGCAACUGUCGCAAGCCUCGCCCAGUCACCACGCAACCGAUGCAUUCUCUAGUAGAACGCAGCCGACGUUCAAUGCCUAUACAUCACAACGUUCGCCCAGUCAACACCAGGCUGGGAUGCUUGCUCACCCGCAUCCAAAGUCUAGCGACUACAUAAAACAAAGGAGGAAGAAGAUUGCAGCAGUCAACAAUGCGGAUUCCUCCAGAGUGACCCCUCCAAGAGAGCGUCCGAGAUUUGACGUUCCCGCCGAAGAACCUCCCCCCAAAACUAGCCCCGGGGGUAGACUUGCGGCGGUGGUGGGUAAACAUGCUGCUCUCAUGGCGAGGUUAAGGAAACUCAAAGCAAGCCGCAUGCGUCGGUCCCCCGAACCGUCACCAACGCGUGCUGGAAGCCAAGCCUCCAGCCCACCUUCCAGGGACGCUGCCGCCUCCGGCACUCCUUCGCGGGACACGGAGCCCAGCACACCCUCUCGCCCCAAGACAUCGAUUGGCCGAGCCAUUGCUUCAGUGUACAGAUCUAGGCGCACGCAAUCUACCGCUGCUUCGCACCCAACUACUGCCAAGAAAUCUUCCAGUCCAACCACAAUAGAGGUGGCCAGACCCAAACCAAUCGUCGAACCGCCUCCACCAGUGCCCGAACCGCAAGAUUCCGUAUUCGAUGCGUUCUUAGUCGAAGACAACAUUGAGUUCGAUGAUUUCGAAGAGUUUUCUAAUUCGUCUUGGUCGUCUACAAACUUUGGCGGGCGAGCUUUUGCAGCUGCUCUGGAAGUCGAGUAGUGUAAUGCCGUAAUAUUGAACACAAAGCUACGAGUAGACUAGACCUGGCCUCGUAAACGAACGAUUAUGCACCGGUUUGGUUUUUCUAAACAGUCUCGCAUUUAGUCCAGCAGCCAAACCCACUUGCUUCUUGGAGUGC